AUGCUGAGCCAACGAUUGGUGCGAGCAGCCAGCGCGGCAACCCCGCGUUCUGCGCUGCGAGCAUUCAGCACGACGAGCCAACAGCUCAAAGUGCCGUCUAUGGCCGACGUCAGCGCCGCCCCUCAAAGCGUCGCCUCUUUUAACGAGAAAUCCAAGCAGUUCCGAGAGCAGUUAGUGGACCAGCAGAAGCAGCGGGAAGCAAGUGCGUAUCGAUCCUCUCCCUCCUCUACCCCUUCUCAGUCCCCCUCGGAAUCCGCUGCCCAGAACACGAUCUCAUCCCUAGGUGCUACUUCAGGACAGAAGGCCGAGGCUGAACAGCCUGCACGGAAAGCUGGCCCCUUGACCAACCUCAUUUACGGUACCAAGGAGGGCCGCGAGUUGGACGCACAGCUCGAAGCUAGCUUUAGUCAAGUCCUUGCCCGAGGCAAGUACGUCCACUCUAUCGUCUUCCAUGAGGUCAAGCCCGAUAAGGUGGAGGAAUACACGGAGCUUGUUGGAAACUGGUACCCGCGCAUGGCCUCCAUGCCAGAGAACAAGGUCAAUUUGGUAGGAAGCUGGAGAACUGAGGUUGGCGACUGCAACACAUUUGUUCAUAUUUGGGAGUACCAGAGGUACCAAGGUUACCACGAGUCCAUUCACAACAUUGGAUCUCACCCCGAGUUCGCCAAGUUUGAUAAGAAGCUUAAGAGUCUCAUUACAUCAAAGAAGACAUCCCUCAUGCAGGAAUUCUCCUUCUGGCCCACGACGCCACCUCGCGAGCUCGGCGGUGUCUUCGAGCUGCGCUCUUACACCCUGCACCCCGGCAACCUGCUGGAGUGGGAGACCCACUGGAGACGGGGCCUGAAGGCUCGCCGUGAGGUCAUGGAGGGCGUUGGUGCUUGGUUUGUGCAAAUCGGGGAGCUCAACACUGUCCAUCACCUAUGGCAGUUCGCCAACUUGGAGGAGCGCAAGAUCCGCCGCGAGAAGAGCUGGAGCGUCGAAGGCUGGAGCGAGACAGUUCACAAGACGGUGCCUCUUAUCCAGAACAUGCAGUCGAGGAUCCUCAUCCCCAUGCCUUGGUCGCCCGUGGCAUAA